CUGAAAAACCUGCUGCUCGGUUUGUUUACAAUCCGUCAGUGGGCGCAUCGGCAUCUUUGACCCCAGUCACGAGUUGAUUCAUUUUAUCUGUGCGGUUAUGGGCAGUCACAGUAAGCUGUGUGUGAAAAGACAAUUGAUUCUGCGUUUGGUUGACAUGCGACUAAUUUGAUUCUCCAAAAUAAUUUUAAAUAUUAUAAAAUAACUUGGUGAAAGACGAACACAAUAACUAUUAAAAACCAUGCAGUCAUUAAAACCAAAGGAUAUAUUUUUGUCAAAAUUGUUGCAGUUAUUUGUUUCCACUCUUUACGGUCUUAACUGUAAAACAAAUUUAAAUGAAAAUAAAAAUGAAAACAUUUCUGAUGGUAUGUUGCGAAUUCAGCUCUUGUCACUUUAAAAUCCUCUGCAUUAUUGUGCCCGUGCGACUUGUAUGCAUGUGUGUGUUUGUGUGUGUGAGUGUUUGUGCGUCAGGGAAUCUCAAUAAAGCUUUGACGUUUCAAAACAUCAUGGCGGCUCGCACAGUGCCUUCCGCUGUCAGAGGCUUCGUGAAAUGUUUCCUCAAAGACUCAGCCCUCGGCUCCAGGAAGGUUUGCAGUCUGUCAGCCAGUUGCGCGGGAAAAGGUGACACCAGUCGGAGGAGAUGCAGUUCAUCCGCAUCAGCCUGCUCCUCCUCCUCCGAGGCAGCAGCAGCAGCAGCAGAUGUCUGUGCCUCUUCUGAAACCAUUGAGCACUACGAUCGCCUGGUUCAGUGUGGCUCCCUGAGGGAAGACGCUCAGCAGAGACACGUCGUCCGGCAGCUGGCUCAGCUGCAACAUACCCUGAGGGAGAACAGCAACAGCACACACCUGAGGCCACCUCCUCCAAUACUGGAGUCAAAAGGUGGCCCCGGCGUUACCACAGCAGAUAACAAGGGCGGUGACACUGAGGCUGAGGGAGGUCACACUCCACGACCCCCAAAAGGCUUCUACAUCUAUGGAGAUGUUGGCACAGGGAAGACCAUGGUUAUGGAUCUGUUUUACUCCCAUGUGGAAAACGGCCAUAAAAAGAGAGUCCACUUCAAUGGCUUCAUGUUAGACAUCCACAAACGGAUCCACCGGAGGAAACAAAGCCUGCCAAAACGAACGCUCGGGAAUAUGUUCACCUAUGACCCCAUAUCGCCGGUUGCCAUGGAGAUUAGCAACGAAACCUGCCUCUUGUGCUUUGACGAGUUUCAGGUGACCGACAUCGCUGACGCCAUGAUCCUGAAGCAGCUGUUCGAGACGCUGUUCGAGACUGGAGUGGUGGUGGUGGCCACCUCCAACAGAUCCCCAGAUGAUCUGUACAAAAACGGACUUCAGAGGGACACCUUCCUACCUUUCAUCGACGUGCUGAAGAAUUACUGCCACACCAUCUGCCUAAACAGUGGGAUCGACUACAGGAGGCUGGACAAGGUUGCAUCGGGCAAACUCUACUACCUCACAGGGGAGCCUGGCGCCGAGGCCUUCUUGGAUGCAAUGUUCGAGGAUCUGGCCUCCACACAAAAGAGCGUUACAGGUCCUCGGGUGCUCACAGUACUGGGCAGAGACGUGACUCUGGGCAAGACCUGCGGCUCCAUCGCCGACUGUACUUUUGACGAGCUUUGCGGCCGACCUCUGGGGGCCAGUGACUACCUGGAGAUGGCACAGCUCUUUGACACCGUCUUCAUCCGCCACGUUCCAGUGCUGACGCUGACGCUGAAGGACCAGGCCAGACGUUUCACCACCCUCAUAGACAACUUCUACGACAACAAGGUGAGGGUGGUGCUGCUCGCGGCGGCGCCUGUGGACCGACUGUUCAUCCACUCGGGAGGGGACGAUGAGCGGGACCGACAGCUGCUGGACGACCUGGGCCUCAGCGGGGAGGCAGCCGAUCGUUUGACUCUGUUCACGGCCGAGGAGGAGAUCUUUGCCUUCCGGAGGACGGUAUCCAGACUGGUGGAGAUGCAAACUGAGUCCUACUGGAUGGAGCGAGCCCGCAGUCGCAGCACAGAGCACAGAAACACGUAACAUCCCGAUUCUGACUGCCAGGAUAAUUAUAUACCUCCAGACGACACGGUACCUCGAUAACUACUGACGCUGCAUAAGCAAAAGGUUCUAUUUAGCAGAAACAGAAAACAGCUAUUUUGGGCAACCCAUGCUAAAUGUGUUAAGGAAUUAGCAGUAGUUUGGUCCAGCACAUCCAGGAAUGACCUGAUAUCCGUAGUGAAUAUGUAAAAAUGGAUGCCUGCUGUCCUUUUGAUCUGACUUCUUCAUCUUAUGCACGUGUGUUAUAUCUUUUUACUUUCAGGUCAUUUUCUGUGAUACGUACUCUGACUGUCCCCCUUAAGAGCUAUUUAAAUUUAAAUCGUAUAGAAACCUCAACAUGUGUGAAAGCAUUAAAAGAUGCUUACUUCAGGGGUAGCGAGGCGGCCAAGUGUCCUUCACAGCAGUUGGCUACCGCCCUCUGGUGGCGAAUGUGAAGAGGGUAAAAUAUUCUCACGCUGUGACACUUGAUAUGAAUUUAAAAUGUUUUACGUGAUAUUAAUCCAUAUUUUGAUUGUUUGUAAUCGGAAUUCUGUGUACAGGAAAAUUCUGAGCUAACCGUAUGUCACGUAUACUAGCUAUACUAGUCUUUAUUUUGACGAGGACAUGAAACUACAUUUGCUAUUUCUGACACUGUUCUUUGUUUCCGUCGAAGAGGGAAUUUCGUCCCGUAUUAAAAAAAAUCUAUGUAUUAAAGUCAUCAAGAAAAUUUUCUUGGAGUUUAAAUGACGAGGUUCCUGCAACCAAAAAUUGUAUUUGAUAUUUUUCACAUUUCAUCAGCUUUUGCACAUGGAACUAUUUAAAUGUUUUCUUAUUAAGAUUCUUAUAUUUAAUUGUGUGUUUAUCAUUCUUUCCAAGUUUGUGUGAAAAAGACAUCUCCCUAACUGACCAUGACAGUAAAGCUGAAAAUUGCAUAUUAAGAUAAAUGAUAAAAUACAUUGUUAGAUGUAUAAAUAUAAGAUAAAAACCUCUAAUAAAAGUACAGACAGAGA